AAGCCUUCGAGUCAUAUUUUCUACUGAUUUUCGGCACACAAACACCGGAUCGAACAACAACAAUAGCCUUAGUGGAGCUAAUUGGAUCUGGUAAGCAGCUGUACUAGUAAAGAGUCACGGACUCUGCAUUCCAUCUAAACGGCCAUCACCAUCUAGACACGUCAAUACACCAUGCAGACUGCUGCUAUAAAAGACUCCCGUCCCUUUCGUUUCCCUAUUCCCAAACACAUGUAUGACGUUACCCCCAACCCCGAGCUCGAGGAUGAUGGCAAAGUACAACAGUACAUUCAGGACCGAAGGGUCGUAGGAUACGAUCCCCUUGUACAACCAGCCUUGUUGCGACACGAAAUUGUCUCUUCUGCACAAGCCAAAAAAACCAUCGCAGCUGCUCGUUUCACCGCUGCCAGGAUCCUUGCUGGCUCCGACGAUCGAAUACUCGUCGUCGUCGGGCCCUGUUCAAUUCAUUCCGCUGAACAGGCCCUCCAAUAUGCAACUCUUCUCAAGGAACACAUUCCCAAGUGGAACAAUCUGCAUAUUGUUAUGCGGGCCUACUUCGAAAAGCCGAGGUCCACGGUGGGCUGGAAAGGCUUGAUCAAUGACCCGGAUAUCGAUGGCACGUUCAAAAUUAACAAAGGCCUGAGAAUCGCAAGGCAGCUGUUGUGCGACCUUACGGAUAUGGGCGUUCCCGUCGGGAGUGAGCUACUUGAUACGAUCUCACCGCAGUUCAUUGCUGAUCUGAUCUCCUGGGGCGCUAUUGGUGCGCGAACAACGGAAUCCCAACUCCACCGAGAGCUCGCUAGUGGUGUUUCUUUCCCUAUUGGAUUCAAGAAUGGGACAGACGGCGGUGUAGGCGUGGCCGUUGAUGCUAUGCAAUCGUCGAGCAAUCCACACGCGUUCAUGGGUGUGACUGAGCAGGGACUGGCUGCCAUCGUCAAAACGAAGGGUAACAAAGACGUGCAUGUUAUCCUCCGUGGUGGGACUAGUGGUCCCAACUACCAGAAGGAGUAUGUGAGAAAAGCGGCUACCGAUAUCGAGAAGAAGAGAAAAAACGCGUUCGCGAGCAUUAUGAUUGACUGUAGUCAUGGAAACUCGCAAAAGAAUCACAAAAACCAGCCCAUUGUGCUGGAAGACGUGUGCAGACAGCUCGAGGAAGGAGAGAAAAACAUCACAGGCGUGAUGGUGGAGAGUAAUAUCAAGGAUGGCCGACAGGACGUACCGCCCGAGGGUCCCCAGGGACUGAAGCACGGCGUGAGUAUUACGGAUGCUUGCGUGGAUUGGGAGGCAACAGUGCAGAUGCUGGAUAGGCUGAAUGAGGCUACUGGCAAGAGGCGGGAGAAGCUCAUGAAAGAAGGCCUCGCAAGACCACCGGCGUUUGCGAGUGCGGCUUAGCCCAAGCUGAAUUGAAAUAGCUGUGUAACACCAGAAUCGUAUUUGCUUUGAUGACUCGUUUCUUUUUUGGCGUUCAUGCCUAUAUCUGGGUCU